UUGGCGGGUCCUCUCACGAACCAUGACCCACCCCACGGCCUUACUCUAUACUUAUCCCAACAAUGUCCGCGCUCUCAAGAUCGAACUGGCGCGAGCUUAUUCGCCGGAGGCGCCGCCACUCCAACUCGUCCCCGAUUUCACUUGGGGUGUUACCGAUCAGCCACCCGAAUUCCGGGCCCGCUUUCCGGCCGGCCGUGUUCCGGCCUUGGUGGUGCCCCCCCAUACUGGGACGGCGGGUUCGCCCGUCGAGCGCACUUUGGAUGAGAGCCAGGCCAUUGCGUAUUAUUUCGCUUCGGAGGAACUUCGGGGCGGGUCGGAUCCGCUGGAUCGAGCUCAGGUCUUGGGCUGGAUGUUCUAUUGCGAGUCGGAGUUGUGGCCCGGCGUAGCGCAAGGCGUGUACCACCACUUGGGUUUGAUAUCGAGCCAGGUGAUGAGUCUGGAGGUGCGGCGAACGGGAUUAGAUCGUCUCAGCCGUGAAUUAACGCGAUUGGAUCAGCAUCUCCGGAGUCGCACUUUCUGGGUGGGCCAUGGCCUGACUUUAGCCGAUUUCAGUGUCUUUGCUUGUCUCCACCUUUUGUUCAGCCACCCCCCGGCCGAUCUAGACCUAUCGGCCGAGCUCAGGCCCCACCUCCAACGGUGGUAUGAUACGGUCUGGCAUCAGCCUCGGGUGGCUCAAGUGUUGAGCGGCUACGAUCUGAGCCUGGGAUCGUCGAGCUCGGUGACCGACACCGCGAUCAUGGCUGCCGAAACUAGGGUCCAAGAGGCCCAAGACCAAUUGGCCCAGACCUCGUUGACGGAGGCCAUCUAUACCUCGGAGCAGCGUGGGUCCGAUGAACUGGGUGAGGGCACCUUCAAGGUCCCUUAUCAGACCAUCAUGCAAGCCAUGAAGCGAUUUGGUCGUGAGCCCUUCCCCAUCAUUUACCAAGAUGCCAAGCCCGAUUCCGAGGCGGCCAAGGAAGGCAAGUUGUAUGAUGUGGUGGCCAAGUCUCAAAUCAAGAAGAUGACCAAGCUCUGGCAACAAGACGUGAGGAAAGCGGCCGAGAAGGCGAAAAAAGACGCCGAAGCCGUAGAAGCCCAACGAAAGAAGGCCGAGGAGGCCAAAAAGGUCACCAUCACUGAAGAUAUGUCCCUGCCCAAGCCCGUUAGGGCCAAGAUUCGGAGCCUAGAGCCUCUGCGUGAGCAACGUGUUUUGGUCUACGGAUGGGUGCACCGGCUCCGCCGACAAGGCAAGAACUUGAUCUUCAUCACCCUUCGUGAUGGAACGGGCUUCUUGCAAUGUGUUUUGAACGGCGACCUCUGCCAGACCUACGACGCAGUCAUGUUGAGCACCGAGUCCACGAUUGCCAUCAAAGGCACAUUGUGUCCUGUUCCCGAGGGCAAGACGGCUCCAGGAGGACACGAAUUGAACGCCGAUUACUGGGAAUUGAUUGGAAGCGCCCCACCCGGUGGAGCUGAUGCUCUCUUGAACGAGGAUUCUCUGCCGGAUGUGCAAUUGGAUAACCGUCACAUUAUGAUCCGUGGGGAGAAUACCUCCAAGGUGUUAAAGAUGCGCUCAGUGAUUGUCCAAUGCUUCCGAGACCACUUCUUUGACCGGGGCUAUUUUGAAGCCACACCACCUACCUUGGUCCAAACCCAAGUUGAGGGUGGGGCCACUUUGUUCGAGUUAGAUUACUACGGUGAAAAGGCCUAUUUGACGCAGUCGUCCCAGCUCUAUCUGGAGACCGUGAUGCCAGCCAUGGGCGAUGUCUUCUGUUUUGCUCAAUCUUAUCGUGCAGAACAAUCUCGAACCCGACGGCAUUUGGCCGAGUACACGCAUUUGGAGGCCGAAUGCCCUUUCAUCAACUUCACCGACCUCUUGGAUCGUUUGGAAGAUUUGGUGACGGACGUCGUGGAUCGGGUUCUCAAGUCUCCCCAUGGCCAUCUAGUUCAUGAACUCAACCCUGACUUCAAGGCCCCCAAGAAGCCUUUCCGUCGAAUGAAAUAUGUAGAUGCCAUUCAAUGGUUGAAGGAUAACAACGUCCGCAAAGAGGAUGGGACUUUCUACGAAGUGGGUGAAGAUAUCCCGGAGAGCCCUGAGCGUUUGAUGACCGACAAGAUUGGCGAGCCCAUCAUGUUGCAUAGCUUUCCCGCGCACAUCAAAUCGUUUUACAUGCAAAAGCACAAGGACGAUCCGUACUACACCGAAUCUGUGGAUAUUUUAAUGCCCAACGUGGGAGAGAUCGUCGGAGGCUCCAUGCGUAUGGAUAAUCAAGAGGAGUUGAUGAAGGCCUACGAAAAAGAGGGAUUGGACCCGGCCCCCUACUAUUGGUACACUGAUCAGCGAAAAUUUGGCACUUGCGAACACGGUGGAUACGGUUUGGGCGUGGAGAGGUUCAUUUGUUGGCUCCUCAACCGGUAUCACAUUCGAGAAGUGUGCUUGUACCCUCGUUUCACCGGACGAUGCCAGCCGUAGCUGACGUUCUAUUCGGGACGAAAUUACAACAAACAAGAGCUAUGAAUGUU